UAUACAGCGUCGAAUAUUACUUCUCGCAUGACUAGUAUUUGCGGAUAUUAUUUACAUCACUGGAGGAUCGAUGCAUCAAAUACGAAGACAUUCCUGAACGCAAUUUUUGCGUCAUCUCACAGAGAGAAGUUAAUUAAUCCUCAGCGAUUGUUUACUUCUUAGUAUUGUCUUACCUCACUAAACACGUUUUGACCAGACGAAGACAUUUUAAUAUGCGCGACAUGAAAAAGAGAACUUUUAAUUUUUCAUCUAAAAAAGUGUUUCUCUAGAACGCCACAGACGAAAUUAUGGAAGCAAAUGUAAAGUACUUUGCUGAAUCUACACCAAAGGUUGUUCUUCAAAGUUUAUUCGCUAAGUAUGACUUUAAUAACAAUGGUUUUCUAGAACAAGAUGAGYUAAGAGAUCUUCUUGAACAGGACCUUGGCAUGAAUUCUGAUCAGUCCGAGGUACUACUACUUUUAAUUGACAAGAAAGGAGAUCAUAAGGUAACAUUGAAUGASUUGGUUGAAUGGCUACACAGUACUGACCGUUAUCGAUAUAUCCAAGAUACCUCAAGGUUUUCUAUCAUAUCCAAAGCAGUGGAAUUAUUUAAAGUAUUUGAUAAAAAYGAUAACGGAUCAUUGGAUCGCAAAGAGUUCGACUUGUUGGUGAGAUCUCUUGGAUAUACUCACGUGAAUUGUGACAAAGAGUUUCACAACAUGGAUCAUGAUGGYAAUGGAAUUAUCUCGUUUUUGGAAUUCUUAACUUGGCUGAAUUGGAUCCCUUCGCUCUAAAGUGAAUCGAUCGCAUUUGAAUUUAUCCCAUGUGAAAUGAUCCGAUGUAUAUCGAUCUCAUGUGAAUUGAUCCCAUCCAUGURAAUUGAUCCCAUGUAAAUCGAUCCUAUAUGAAUUGAUACCAUGUACACUACUUUUUGAGGCACAGUACAUGACAGGUUAGUAACGAGGUAUAUAGUUUUAUCGAUCUCUGAUCCUCAAAAAUGAUUCCUAAUCCACYCCUGAAUGAUUCCUAGGACAAUUGCUCCCGAUUCCAAAGCUUGCACUCUGUUCCCGGAGCACAGAAAAAAUUUAGAGCCCAAUAGAAAUAGCGCUGGUUCCAUAUGCCUCGUUACUUCACUUCMCUGAAAUGAAUGAAAUAUUGGUGACACAGCUGAUUAAGAUGUAAAACAAUUAUUAAAUCAGUUUUUUUUUGUUUUUUGUUUUUAAAUAGUUAAUGAGCGCCAAAGGCGUGAAUUUUGUAGGGGAUCCUGGGGGCAGUCUUGGGACUUUUGAGAGCAUCAUGAAGAUAUAUGAUCCAUCAAAUAUAUGAAAAUUGUGCGUAACUUAACAAUGAAAAAAGACGUCUUUGAUCGUGACAAUAACAAAUUUAUUUGAUAAAACAAUAUAUAAUGAA